AUGGCGAAGCAACUACCUCAAUGGCUACACUCAUAUCUCAUUGAAUUCGAUAACAAACGAAGAACAACAAGAGAAAAUGCCUUAAAUUCACUUGUCAAUGCUCUAAUUUCAAGCCCUAAACACGAAUUUGUCGAGGGCAAUCACAUCACAAUUUGUCACAAUUGUCUUACUCGUCUUACUUCUAAGAAAAAGGGCUCCAAUAAAUUUUCGAAGUCCGAAAUUUGCCAAUCUGUUCGUGCUAUUUCACUCUUAGUGAUUAACCUUGUUCAUCAAGAUGCUGCACACCAGGUGUUCGAUGAAUGUCUUUCCGUUCUUUCUGAUGCAUUAGUCAACUUUAAAUCUCAUGAAAUUGAUGUGAUUUUAGAGGUAUUAUGGUGUUUUGGGAUUGUGGGUUUUUUAGGGUCUUGCAAUUCAAUGGAAAUUGAAAAGAUUAUGCUACUGAUUUGGGAUUUUUUAAACCCUAAUAAUAAUAAUAAUAAUAAUCUUGAAUCUUCAGUUUUGGGUGCUGCAAUUGAUACUUGGGUAUUUUUACUUUCUGGGGUUCAAAGACAGAAUUUGAGUAUGAAGUUUUGGAAAAAGGGUAUUUCUUAUUUUUCAGAAUUAUUGAUGAAAAGAAAAGAUUGUGGUAAUAUUGAUAAUGAUAAUGAGGAUGUUGUUUUGGCUGCUACAAAUGCAUUGGGUUUAAUCUUUCAUAUUGAUGUGAUCCACAAAUUUUCUGACAAAUCCAAGGAAGGGGAAGAUUACUCAUCAUUGAAAGAAGAAAUUUUUGAGAAAAUAAAAAGAAAUUUAGAUGGUAUGAAAUUCUGUAAUUUGUCACAAAUCAUACAAGUUAAGUUCAUGAAAAAGAUUCUGGGGAAGGAGGGUCUUAGGAAUCAUAUGGAUAAUAACGAAAACUUUCAUCGAUUAUUCGAGCCAUUGUCGAAUAACAAGGGCAAGAAAGCUGCUGAUAAUGUGGUAGAUGAUGCACCAGAAAGAGAGGAGGUUGUGCACAAGUAUUUUCAGCAUAAAUUUAAGAGUCUAAAUGCUGAAAGUGAUGAACUUUUGACUUAUGUUAGUGAGAAGGAGAAGAAAGUGAAACAUAGACUAGGGAAAUCAGCUAAUUCUUCAUUGAAUAAGGCCAGGACUUUACUGCUCAAUAAGCAAAGAAAAGCUGUGAACCAAUUUUCAAUUGAAAGUGAGCUCUAUGAUUAA